CGCGCCCGGCCCCCGCCCGCCGCGCCCGGGCCCGCGCCAUGGGGCUCUGGCUGCCGCCGCCCCCCGCGCCACCGGGCUAGGGCGAUGCAGGCGCCCCCGGCGCGCGGCCCCCGCGGGCACCAUGAGCCCCCUGCUCCGCCGCCUGCUGCUCGCCGCGCUCCUGCAGCUGGCCCCCGCCCAGGGCCCCGUGUCCCAGCCUGAUGCCCUCGGCCACCAGAAGAAAGUGGUGUCAUGGAUAGAUGUCUAUACCCGUGCCACCUGCCAGCCCCGGGAGGUGGUGGUGCCCCUGACUGUGGAGCUCAUGGGCACUGUGGCCAAGCAACUGGUACCCAGCUGCGUGACGGUGCAGCGCUGCGGGGGCUGCUGCCCUGACGACGGCCUGGAGUGCGUGCCCACCGGGCAGCACCAAGUCCGAAUGCAGAUCCUCAUGAUCCGUUACCCGAGCAGUCAGCUGGGCGAGAUGUCCCUGGAAGAACACAGCCAGUGUGAAUGCAGACCAAAAAAGAGAGAGGGUGCUCUGAAGCCGGACAGGGCUUCCACUCCCCACCACCGCCCCCAGCCCCGCUCCGUUCCGGGCUGGGACCCUGCCCCCGGAGCACCCUCCCCAGCUGACAUCACCCAUCCCACUCCAGCCCCAGGCCCCUCUGCCCACGCUGCACCCAGCGCCGCCAGCGCCCUGACCCCAGGACCUGUCGCUGUCGCUGCCGACGCCGCAGCUUCCUCCGUUGCCAAGGGCGGGGCCUAGAGCUCAACCCAGACACCUGCCGGUGCCAGAAGCUGCGAAGGUGACACAUUGCUUUUCAGACUCAGUAGGGCCACUUGCCUCACAGGCCGCGCCCCCCCCCCCCCCCCCC